CGUCCCAUCACAAGCAUCUCAUUACUCGAUCACUCUUAAAUAAAUAUUCCUUCCCAAAUCCCAUCUCAACUUGUUCUAUCGGGGUAAACCAUUUCUUCUCACUCGGGCAUUUUCUCAAACACUUUGCAGGCGUUUUCUCAAACACUUUGCAGGCGUGUUUUAGAUUGACUCGGGCAUUUAUGGCUAUCCCGAUUGUUAAAACUUCAUGAAUUUUCGGAUUUAAAAGGCGUCAAAAUAUGAGAACCACGAAAUAUUUCCAACUUACUCGUGAUGGGUUUUCUUACAUAUUCAUGAAGAGAAAUGGGGUUAACCAGAACCGGUUCAUGACGACCAGUAAAAGAGUACAAGACCGAAGCAAGAACAAAAGAGUUCACGAUCUCGAAGUGGUGACCGAGAAGUGGAAGAUAGCCUCCAAAGUUCUUCUCUUGAUGGAGAUUCUAAAGAAAGAGCCCGAAAUGAUUAUCCCCGUCAGGUCACUUGAGCAAUACCGGAGGCAAAUCAAUCUCCCAAAGCCCCACAAGAUCUCCGAUUUCGUUCGAAAAUCGCCGAAACUUUUCGAGCUGUACAAGGACCGCAGGGGGGUGUUGUGGUGUGGAAUGACGAAUGAAGGAGAGAAGCUAGUGGAAGAAGAGGAAAUGCUUAUAAAGGAGCAUGAAGACAAGGCUGCAGAGCAUGUCACUCGCUUUCUAAUGAUGUCUGUUGAUAAAAGGCUUCCUGUGGAUAAGAUUGCUCAUUUUCGGAGAGAUUUUGGGUUGCCUGUUGAUUUCCGAACUGAUUGGGUUCACAAGUAUCCACAACAUUUUAAGCUAGUGAAAAAGGUUGAUGGUCUUCAGUACUUGGAGCUUGUUGAUUGGAAUCCUUCAUGGGCUGUAACGGAGUUGGCGAAGAAGGCGAUGGGAAUAACCGAAAGAAGUGAUCACACUCCGGGGUUGCUUUCACUUCCUUUUCCUUUGAAGUUCCCACCAAACUACAAGAAGUUGUACAGACAUGGAGGGAAAAUAGAGCAUUUCCAGAAGAGGACUUACUUGUCUCCUUAUGCGGAUGCCAGAGGACUUGAGGCUGGUUCACUCGAGUUCGACAAGAGGGCUGUUGCCGUUAUGCACGAGCUGCUUAGCUUUACUAUCGAGAGGAGAUUGCCGACUACCGAUCAUCUCACGCAUUUUCGGAGGGAGCUCGUGAUGCCUCAGAAGCUGAUGAGGCUUCUUCUGAAGCAUUGCGGGAUUUUCUAUGUUUCGGAGAGAGGGAAGAGGUUUAGUGUCUUCUUGACGGAAGCUUAUGAAGGUCAGGAGCUGAUUGAGAAAGGUCCUUUGGUUCGGUGGAAGGAGAAAGUGCAGAGGUUUAUUGGUUAUAGAGGAAAGAAGAAGAAGAUUGAGUGUUUUAGUGAGAUGUCGGAUAUGGAAGAAGAUCAGGGUGGGCUUGAGAGGGAAUCUGAAAAUGAGAGCAUUAGUUUGCAAUCUGAGAAAGAGGAAGCUGAGAGUGAUUUAGAGGAUGGUUUACAAACGGAUGAUGCUGAAAUGGAGAUUGAAGAGGUUUGCACUGCAUACCAAGAUACCAAUAUAUCUUAGUUAUAGAAUGGUUCCUCUUAAUUUUACAAUUGAUUUUGUUUUGCUAAUAAGAUUUUAUUGGUUUAUGAUUUUACACACAAUUCUGCAAGAAAAAAAAAACAUUUGUU